AUGUCCCAGCUCUCCUCCACCCUGAAGCGCUACACGGAAUCAGCCCGCUACACAGAUGCCCCUUACGCCAAAUCGGGCUAUGGCACCUACACCCCCUCCUCCUAUGGGGCCAACCUGGCCGCCUCCUUCCUGGAGAAGGAAAAGCUUGGUUUCAAGCCAGCCCCCCCAACCAGCCUCCUCACCCGUCCCCGCACCUAUGGCCCUUCCUCCAUCCUGGACUACGAGCGAGGCCGCACCCUGCUCAGACCUGACAUCAUGGGGGGUGGUAAGCGAGCAGAGAGCCAGACGCGUAGCACUGAGCGGCCUUCAGGCAGUGGCCUCAGUGGAGGCAGUGGAUUCCCUUAUGGAGUGACUAACAACUGCCUCAGCUACCUGCCCAUGAGUGUCCGUGACCAGGGGGUGACCCUGGGCCAGAAGAAGUCGGACAGCCAAGCAGACCUGGCCCGGGAUUUCUCCAGCCUCCGCACCUCAGACAGCUACCGGAUAGACCCUGGGAACCUGGGGCGCAGCCCCAUGCUAGCACGCACACGGAAGGAGCUCUGCGCCCUGCAGGGGCUCUACCAGGCCGCCAACCGCCCUGAGUACCUGGCCGACUACCUGGAGAACUAUGGUCGCAAGGGCAGUGCACCUCAGGUGCCCACCCAGCCUCCUCCCUCACGAGUCCCUGAAGUCCUCAGCCCCACCUACCGACCCAUUGGCCGAUACACACUGUGGGAGAAGGGCAAGGGCCAGGCCCCUGGGCCCAGCCGCUCCAGCUCCCCAGGGCGAGACACCAUGAAUUCUAAGAGUGCCCAGGGUCUGGCUGGUCUUCGAAACCUUGGGAACACGUGCUUCAUGAACUCAAUUCUGCAGUGCCUGAGCAACACCCGGGAGUUGAGAGAUUAUUGCCUCCAGAGACUCUACAUGCGGGACCUCAGCCAUGGCAGCAGUGCACACACAGCCCUCAUGGAAGAGUUUGCAAAACUAAUCCAGACCAUAUGGACUUCAUCCCCCAAUGAUGUGGUGAGCCCAUCUGAGUUCAAGACCCAGAUCCAGAGAUACGCACCUCGCUUCGUUGGCUAUAAUCAGCAGGAUGCUCAGGAGUUUCUUCGCUUUCUUCUGGAUGGGCUCCAUAACGAGGUGAACCGAGUAGCACCAAGGCCUAAGUCCAACCCUGAGAACCUCGAUCAUCUUCCGGAUGACGAGAAAGGGCGACAGAUGUGGAGAAAAUAUCUAGAACGGGAAGACAGUCGGAUUGGGGAUCUCUUUGUUGGGCAGCUAAAGAGCUCCCUGACGUGUACUGAUUGUGGUUACUGUUCUACAGUCUUUGAUCCCUUCUGGGACCUGUCACUGCCCAUUGCUAAGCGAGGUUAUCCUGAGGUGACAUUAAUGGACUGCAUGAGGCUCUUCACCAAAGAGGAUGUGCUUGAUGGUGAUGAAAAGCCAACAUGCUGCCGCUGCCGAGCCAGAAAACGAUGUAUAAAGAAGUUCUCCAUCCAGAGGUUCCCAAAGAUCUUGGUGCUCCAUCUGAAGCGGUUCUCAGAAUCCAGGAUACGAACCAGCAAGCUCACAACAUUUGUGAAUUUCCCACUAAGAGACCUGGAUUUAAGAGAAUUUGCCUCAGAAAACACCAACCACGCUGUUUACAACCUGUAUGCUGUGUCCAAUCACUCCGGAACCACCAUGGGCGGCCACUAUACAGCCUACUGUCGAAGUCCAGUGACAGGCGAAUGGCACACUUUCAAUGACUCCAGUGUCACACCCAUGUCUUCCAGCCAAGUGCGCACCAGCGACGCCUAUCUCCUCUUCUACGAAUUGGCCAGUCCACCCUCCCGUAUGUAGCAGUGAGGAGCUACGUCCUUUCUCCCUUCCCUGCGGUGGCCCCACACCCUAAGUUUUUUUAAAAGACAAAAAAAAAAACAAAAACAAAAAAAAUCAAAAACAAACAAAAGAACCCUGACAAAUAAGAGAAAAAUAAACUAACAUAAAGCUGCCGAGCAGGAGUUGAUGCAGCCUGGUCAGGGUCUGGAGCAAGGAGCCGGGUGCUCCUGGGCCGUGGCCCGGCAGGGAAGAUCGACUGGACGCCGAGCCCGGAGUCAGCCCAGCGCUCCCUCGGCUUCUCUUGUUUGCAUUUUCAAGCUUGUGGUUUUUUCCUGUGUGUAAUAAACAACGGCGGUCUGCGGGACAAGCUCCUCGUCGCCCGCGGCCCCGCGCCUCCCGGGAGGACAGCGCCCUCUGGAGCCCGCCGGGAGCAUCGCCGCCGGGCGUGAAAAUCCCAGCCAAGAGCCUUCGUGACGCUGCUAACUCCAGGGGGACAGAUAAGGGGACAUCUUCGGAAAAAGCCGGUUUGGGUUUUUAAAAGCCUAACUUUUUUUUUUUAAUUCCCAUACCUAAAGUUUUCAGACUGGACAUGCUCUCCUUCAGACCUCUUCACAGCUGGGAUGUUGUACUGGUUCUGUUCUGUUCUUUUUAUUUAUUUCUUCUUUCUCUCUCACUUCUUUUUUUUUUCUUUCACUCUCUUUCUUCCUUUUCUUUCUUUUUAAUUCUUCAAGUACAACUUUUCUAAUGCUAGCCCCGUGGUGCUAGGUGGGUGUUGGCCAGGCCCCAAGCACAGCCACAGUAGACCUGGGAUAUAAAACUAAGUUUUUGGUUUUCGGGUUUGUUUUUUGUUUUUUGUUUUUAAUAUUUUGGAUGGAAUCUAGUUGCCUCCAAGAAUUGUGCCUUAUAGCAUUUGGGGACCAGGGGGUAACUGCCCGUCCCUGAAAUAUCCCUCAGCCUCUUCUCUUUUCCCCAAUGCCAGGCUCAAGCCUGCUGAGGGACAGGGGUCGUCCCUUUAGCCCCUGGCUUGUGCACCCACAGUAAGGCAAAGAGGAAAAGAAAGUAGGUGAAAGGGUAUUUCUGAUGAUAGUGUCUCAAGUUCUUCCACCCACUUCCUCUGCCCCACCCCUGGUCUGCUCCCCAGCUGUUUGAAGGAUAGCCCCUUAUCCCGAGAGCUUCUCACCUUUAUUUAUUAUCUUCUUAGUAUCCCUUCCUUCUUGGCCUUCCUACCACCCCUAACCCCUUCUCAGAGCCUCCUAGACAUAGGCCCUUUGGACCGAGUUUCUCAGGGAUGCCCAUGCUCCCCUCAGCUCCUUCUGGCACUGGUCCUCAGUCCUGCCCUGGAAGCUGGAGCUUGGGUAUUUGGGGACAUCUUGCCUCGGUUGUAUGGGUCUUUCCCAUGGGCUUGAUUUUGCCCUAAGUAGUUGGACAAAACUGUGCUGUCCCAAAGUAAAGCUGUUCAGCACAGGCAUGGAGGACCAUGCACCUUUGCACACCCACGUGGCUGGGCCUGGCUUAUGCCCCUUGGGGCCUGGAGUGUUCAGUGCUCCCAGGAGGAGGAGGCAUCAGAGAAAGACACCCUGAGUUUUACUGGCCUGACACCCUUCACCAGGGAAGACCUGUGAACCUGAGCCCAAGGGCAGGUGUACACUUGUUUACUAUGUAAGCAAGAGUAGAAUGUCUAAUGUACAGUGGAACCUUGUACAGAAUAAAUAAUAGCUUUGAGAAAUA